CUCUCUCUGCAAUUCCUCCGGAGGAACAACAGUCAGAAACAGAUCUUCUCCCCGAGAACGAUGUCGUUUGAGGAGGAGGAGGAGGCCUUCGAGCACACCCUCCUCGUCGUCCGAGAGGUCUCCAUCUACAAGAUCCCGCCGCGGACAACCUCCGGCGGCUACAAGUGCGGCGAGUGGCUCCAGUCCGACAAGAUCUGGACUGGUCGCCUCCGCGUCGUGUCCUGCAAGGACCGCUGCGAGAUCCGACUGGAGGAUCCCAGCUCCGGCGAUCUCUUCGCUGCCUGCUUUGUCGAUCCUGUUCGGAGAGAGAACUCCGUCGAGCCAUGUCUCGAUUCGUCGAGAUACUUCGUGCUCCGGAUCGAGGACGGGUGCGGGAAGCACGCUUUCAUCGGGCUAGGGUUUACGGAGAGGAACGAGGCGUUUGAUUUCAAUGUCGCGUUGUCGGAUCACGAGAAGUACGUGAGGAGGGAGAAGGAGAAGGAGACUGGUGAGACGAGUGAGAGCGACGAUCACAUCGAUAUUCAUCCUGCCGUGAAUCACAGAUUGAAGGAAGGCGAAACCAUAAGAAUCAACGUGAAGCCCAAGCCGACAAGUGGAACAGGGAUGCUCUCAGCUGCUCUUUCAGGAAAUGGGAAGCCUAAAGCACUAGCACUAGCGCCACCACCGGGUGGCGCUGGGAAAAUCAGAUCGCCUUUACCACCGCCUCCAAAUGAUCCCGUCUCUUCAAAACUGGUAUCUGAAAAUAGUAACGAAUCAAAAGAUAACACAGGUCAUGGAAAUGAUCCUCUAUCAGAUUUUUCUCAGCUCAAGAGGAAUCUCCCUCCGAGCAAGGCCACCGGGGCUGCAUCAGGGUGGGCGGCUUUCUGAUCUCUGGACCAUCGGGACGAGGCUUGGGUCAGGACUGACUUCAUCUUGCCACCAUCCCUCUUGGGGCAGAACCAGAGACAAGAUCAAGAACACAUGCCAACCAGAAGGAAAUAGUAAGAGAGUUUUGAGGUAAUGUCACCUGUUCUUUUGGUAAAUGAUGUUGUGUUUCUUUGUAACCCCCGAACACACUCUGGUGUUGUUUGUUAUCUCUGUUUUAUUUCCCAUCUUUUUUACGGA